UGGAGUCGUCUCUGGAAGUCGGAGGCAUGUGGCACCCCGUAAGACGCUGCGGCCCGAAAUAGCGGCAACUUUUUGCGUUUUUCUUUCUUUCUUCUCCUUUUCCUGAAACUGAAACGAGGGCAUUUUUUGGAGAGGAAUACUCACAGAAAAAGAGAGAAGUAGAGAGUGGGAGAGAUGAACCGAAGUGGCUCUUUAAGAAGAAGUCUCUCGUCUCUCAGGGGGGCUUGGCGAUGGAGCACAGGAUACCUGUUCAGGAAGGGCUCGACAAAGUCCUCCAAAAGCAUGGAGUCUCGACGCAGACCGUCAAGGACUCUGAGUGUGCUGCAGGCCCUGGAAGAGAACUAUGAGGUGGACCUGGUGUACAUCACAGAGAGGAUCAUCUCUGUCUCCUUCCCCUCGUCCGUGGAGGAGCAGAGCUACGCUGCCAACCUGCGGGAGGUGGCGUCCAUGCUGCGCUCCAAACACGGAGAGAACUACCUGCUCUUCAAUCUUAGUGAGAGACGAUCUGACAUCAGCCAGCUGAACCCAAAAGUGCUGGACUUCGGCUGGCCAGACCACCAUGCUCCUGCCCUGGAUAAGAUCUGCAGCAUCUGUAAGGCCAUGGACACCUGGCUGAGUGGAGACAGCCACAAUGUGGUGGUCAUACACAACAAGGGCAACCGAGGAAGAACAGGAGUGGUAGUGGCAGCGUACAUGCACUACAGCAACAUAUCAGCCAGUGCUGACCAGGCCCUGGACAGGUUUGCUAUGAAGAGGUUUUAUGAAGACAAAGUGCUUCCUGUGGGUCAGCCUUCACAGAAAAGGUAUGUGCACUACUUCAGCGGACUGCUGUCCGGACACAUCAAGAUCAACAACAAGCCUUUGUUCCUGCAUCAUGUCAUCAUGCAUGGCAUCCCCAACUUUGAGUCUAAAGGAGGCUGUAACCCCUUUCUCAAGAUCUACCAGGCUAUGCAGCCUGUCUACACAUCUGGAAUCUACAACGUGCAGGGAGACAGUCAGACCAGCAUCUGCAUCACCAUCGAGCCAGGGCUCAUGUUGAAGGGAGACAUCUUGCUGAAGUGCUAUCACAAGCGCUUCAGAAGCCCCUCCAGAGACGUGGUGUUCAGGGUGCAGUUCCACACCUGUGCCGUCCACGACCUGGCCGUCGUGUUCGGGAAGGACGAGCUGGACCAGACCUUCAAGGAUGAGCGAUUCCCAGAAUAUGGAAAAGUGGAGUUUGUGUUUUCCUUCGGGCCGGAGAAAAUACACGGUAAGCAUCCAGGGAUGAACCACCUGGAGAACGGGCCCAGCGUCUCUGUAGACUACAAUACCCAGGAUCCUCUGAUUCGCUGGGACUCCUACGACAACGUCAACCAGACCUGUGAGGACCCUUUGGACGACGUGAUCCACACCCAGGGCCCUCUGGACGGAAGCUUAUACGCCAAGGUCCGUAAGAAGGAGUCGAUCGACGGGGGGGUAAUCUCCAACGGCCUCCCUCCCGCGGCCCCAGAGGGCCCCCAGCCCCCGGUCGACCAGGCCCUGUCUGUCAGCAGUGACUCUGGGAACUCCACCGCCUCCAUCAAGACCGACCGCACUGAUGAGCCCUCUGCAGGCCCGGCCUCACUGAGUCAGCCUCCUCCGUCCUCGGCCCCGGCCCCGGCCUCGCCCCUCAGCCCCCAGGAGAAGCAGCAGCUGGAGCAGCUCCUGAGCGGUCUGGAGGCGCCCGCUCUGCGGCAGGGCUUCUUGUCGCCCCCUGCAGGGGCGGGAGGCGGAGGGGGAGGGGGAGGGGGGAUGAUGCACCUGGUCCCAGCGCAGGUCCACGUUAACGGGAGCAGCGGGAUGGACCGCGAGACGGACAUCCUGGAUGACGACCUCCCCUCCGGCGUGGAGGGGGGCAGCCUGGGCACCCCCUCAUCCCUGGAGGGGCGAGCCACGCCCGCGGACCUGUACGACCACCCUGAGACCCACAUCAACGGGAGGGAGGGCGUGGCCUACCUGGAGAGCAGCCUCCCUGACCCCGCCUCCAAGGCUGCGGUCUCCCCGCAGCAGAGCCUUCCCCCAGGGCCCGCGGGCGGCUUGGGCCCGGCCGCUGGCUACGCGGCCGCUGGGUACGCGCUGGGCCAGAACGGGAGCCUGUUUCGAUCGCAGUCCUUCGGCGGGGAGCAGCAGCAGAUGCCCAGAGCUCCGGCUCGUACCAGCAGCAGCCGCGACGCCGUGCAGCGAGGGAUGAACGUGUGGCAGCACUACGGCGUCCCCGCUGAGCCGCUCACCGACAUCACCUUCAGCCCCCCGCCCGGCUCCUCCAUGCAUAGCUACCACAGUCUGCCCCAGUUCCCCCCUCCCGCCGCCUCCCAGCAGGACAUCCAGCAGUCCCUGGAGGCACUCAACCUGCUCAUGCAGGACCUGGAGCCUAGCCGCCCGCCAGCGCACACUCCCCCCAGCGCCUCCCCACGAGAGGGCCUGGUGGUCACCACCCAGCCCUCCCUCUCCCAGGCUCGCCCCUCCUACCCCGCACACAGCCCCGCCCACAGCCCCGCCCACACACACAGCCCCGCCCAGCGAUCCUCGCCCGUCCAGCCGUCCAUGUCCCCGGCGCAGCCCGGCACGCCGGAGCCCGCCCCCGUCCAGGGCCCCCCGGCCCCCUGCCAACCCGGCCUGCAGUUCUCCGGGCCCCCAGCAGAGCCUGUCCACCAGGGGGCCUGGACCAGCCCCACCCAGCCCUGCCCUGCCUCUGGGGGACAGCUGCAGCUGAAGCCCAUCAACAGCUACCCUCCCAGCAGCAGCUACCCUCCCAGCAGCAGCUACCCUCCCAGCAGCAGCUACCCUCCCAGCAGCAGCUACCCUCCCAGCAGCAGCUACCCUCCCAGCAGCAGCUACCCUCCCAGCAGCAGCUGUCCCCCAGCAGAGCCGGACGAGCCCUGCAGCAGUCCCAGGGCUGCCUCCCCCCCGCUCCGGGAGCCAGGCCAGGAGGAAGGCUUCAGCGUGGAGGGCCUGGUGGCCCAGCGCGUGGCAGGUGUCCAGUCCCGAGGGAUGGCCCUUGACGAGUCCUCCGCCCCGCCCCGCCGCCGCACCACCAGCGAGGGGAACCCGGACGGCCCUGACUCCCUGGACGGCCCGCUGCGAUCCCCAGUGCGCUGCGUUUCCCCGGAGUUCGUCAACGCCAUCGCGCUGAACCCUGGAGGGCGACCCAAGGAGAGACACAUGCACAGCUACAGAGAAGCCUUCGAGGAGCUGGAGGGGGCUCCAGUCAGCCCCACGCCCUUCGCUGGUGGUGAGGUGUUACCCCAAACCCCUGCAUUCCCCGUCUCACCUCAAACCCCUUCCUUCAACCUGUGUCGCUCUCCACCAGGCCUGGCCAGGACGCCGCUGUCCGCCCUGGGCCUCAAGCCCCACAACCCUGCUGACAUCCUGCUGCAGCAGACCGGCUCAGAGCCGAGGAGCUACGUGGAGUCUGUGGCCAGAUCAGCUGCAGCAGGCGGUGUGACGCCCGCGUCGUCCCUAAGCCUCGGCCAAUCAGGAGACGCCCCAGCUCGCCAGCGCGCCCCCUCCCCCAGCGCCCCCUCCCCCAGCGCCCCCCUGUCCAGCAGUAGCCCUCUCCAGUCCACAGAUGGAGACCACACCUUUGCUAACAGUAGCGUGAGCCCCAUCUCACAACCAACCACUGAUGCAGGCGUGAGCCCCCAGCCCUCAGAGAUGCCCUACAGCACCCCCAGCCCCUCCUACCCCGGCCCCUCCUACCCCAGCCCCUCCUACCCCAGCCCCUCCUACCCCGGCCCCAGCAGCCUCCUGGGUGGCUACAUCUCCCAGGACCCCAGCCCCCCUCGCUCGGAGCCCACCAGGGUCCCCAUGGCGACGGGGUCCCCCUCACACGGAAGCCCUCAAACUCUCCAUCGGACCCCGGCCCCCUGCUCCUCCUACAGCCCCUCCCUCCAGAACAGGGCCACCAAUCAGGGCAGCCCCGUCACGGCCCGCCAGCCAUCCCCGGCCAACGGCUUCGAAGCAGGGAUCGCCGGUAGUCCAGUCCUGGGCCGCCACCCCCUGACCAUGUCCCAGGGGACCCAGAGCAGCCCCCUGCUGAGCAGAACACCGUCCUUGGGGCAGGUGUCCCAGCACAGCCCCGCCCUCAGCCGCCAGGCCUCCCUGACCCAGCCCCUUCAGAGCAGCCCCGCCCUCAGCCGCCAGCCGUCCGUGUCCCAGGUGUCCCAGCGGAGCCCCAGCCUGGACCGACACCCCCUCCACAGCGGCUACGCCACCCCGGACGAGAGGAACCUGUCCCGGCAGAGCAGCUCCUCAGGGUACCACGGCCCGGGCACGCCCUCCUUCCCCCUCUCUCCCACAGGGUACCUGGACGGGGGGGCCGCCAUGAUGGGGGCCUGGCAGGGAGGUCCGGGCACCCAGCCUCACGCCCAGCCUCACGCCCAGCCUCACGCCCAGCCUCACGUCCAGCCUCAGCUGCCAGAGAAGACGCGCAUGUCAAGCGGGGACAGACCUAACGGGGGCGUCUCGUACGGGACCCUGAACGGGAAGCUGUCGUCUCCCGUGUCCAGCGGGGGCAGCCCCCCCAGCCACUUUCACACCCUCCCAGACUUCUCCAAGUUCAACAUGGCGGAUGGGAGCCCAGAGACCAGGCUGAAUGUCAAGUUUGUCCAGGACACGUCAAAGUUCUGGUACAAACCAGACAUCUCCCGGGAACAAGCCAUCACCCUGCUGAAGGAGAGGCAGCCUGGGGCGUUCGUCAUCCGGGACAGUCACUCCUUCAGGGGGGCCUACGGCCUGGCCAUGAAGGUGGCCUCACCCCCCCCCACCGUCACACACAGCAAGAAAGCUGGUGACAUCACUAACGAGCUAGUGAGACACUUCCUGAUUGAGACCAGUCCCAAGGGGGUCAAGCUGAAGGGCUGUCCCAACGAACCCUACUUUGGAUGCCUCUCUGCGUUAGUAUACCAGCACUCCAUAACCCCCCUGGCCCUGCCCUGCAAGCUGGCCAUCCCCACCAGAGAUCUGCAUGAAGAGAUGCCAGAGAUCUCCACGCCCACAAACCCAGCUUCUGAGCUUCUCAAGCAGGGAGCAGGCCAGAGGCCCCCUGCUGACUCCAGUGCAUGUAACGUGCUGUACAUCAACUCUGUGGAGAUGGAGUCUCUGACCGGGCCCCAGGCCGUGGCUAAAGCCGUCUCCGAGACGCUGGCGGCCUCGUCACCGCCCACCGCCACCAUCGUCCACUUCAAGGUGUCCGGACAGGGCAUCACCCUCACUGACAACCAGAGAAAGCUAUUCUUCCGGCGCCACUAUCCUAUCAACACUGUCACGUUCUGUGAUAUUGACCCUCAGGAGAGAAAUUGGAUUAAACCAGGAGGAGGUUCUGCUAGGUUCUUUGGUUUUGUGGCUCGAAAGCAAGGAAGCACGACCGACAACGUCAGUCACCUCUUCGCUGAGAUGGACGCCGACCAGCCUGCCAGCGCCAUCGUCAACUUCGUCUCCAAAGUCAUGCUGGGCUCCCAGAAACGAUGAGCCAUGUUUGGUCUCCUGGGUUAGGGUCAGGCCUGCUGGGCCUCCUGGCGUCUGAUCUGUUUGGGUUGUUAUCUAUUAACCACCCUCAUGUAAUCUGUCAAAUUCUGUUCUUCUGCGUUUUUGUGUCACUACCUUUUUUUCGCUCUCUUAUGUGUGAGUGUGGGUGCAUGACUUUGUGUUUGAGAAAGUGUAAGUCUGAGAGUGUGUGUGUGUGCUUUUCUUCUUGGAAGGACUCCAGAGUGUAUCUGACGUGGGCGACAGAGGAAGUGCUGUGUGGGGUGUGGCUGUGUGUGGUGUGUGUUGGGACGGGAGGCCAUUUUGAUCUCUCUUGUAGGGUUACACAAGAGCAGGAAGAGGAAAUGAGGUCAGUGAGCGUGAAGUGUUUUUAUUUUGGGGAGGAAAAAAAAGAAGACGUUAAGUUGUUCAGUGUACACGGGGAUUGUAAAUCCAUCAGGCUUCUGAACGGGUCAACCAAAGAUUUAAAAAGUGGACUGGGCAAAUAUGCCACGCUCUAGAGGGUUUGUUUUGAAACUAUGUUUUGUAAAAUAUGGCUGCUUAAUCAAAACUCUACUUUUUCUUUCAAUAUACGAGUACUGAUACUGUAUGUAUUUUAAUCUUUGUGUCUGCAUCUUUGCCCUUUUGCAAAGCAUAUUCAAGGACAUUUUGCAUGCUGGCAAGGUGACAGUGUAAAUAUUACAGAUUGCUUUCUCGAUGGAUGACUUGGGGCCUGAACCAUAUGUUUUAUAAAGAGCUUUUAAAGAAAAAAGUAUACCUGCUCUCAACGACGUACAAAACGAAAAGACCGAAUUUGUAAUGGCAAAUACACUGUGUUCAAAAUACCCCACGGGUUUCCAGUGGUAGGUUUGCUGUCAGAGGAUGGGAUUACAGGCUGGUCAGUUACACCAUGGCUCACCUGGACAGGGGCCUAACCCAAAGUGUUAUAGACAGAAUACUGUUAUGCUACUUGCAGACUCAUUUGUAUGAGAAAACCUGCAGCACAGAAAACACCUCUGAUCCAAUCCAAGGAAUUUGUGUAAAACUAUACCACUCUUCACCAUAGGGUCAGUAUUGUAGCCUGCAGCCAUUGUACAAUACUGAGGCCUCAUAGCUAGCAGAACGUGUCAAGGGCUAAAUAGUUGGUGUGACAAUGACAGUUGUGAAGUUCCAACUGUCAUGGUUGGUCUUUAUAUGUCCCCUGGUGUAUGUGGCAUGACAGGAAUGAGAGAGGCUUUAAUCCCAGAAGGACGUGUUAGCCAGCCAACUCACAAGGCAUACCUGAAAGUAAGCUAUAUACAUAUGAAUAUACAUAUAUAAAUAUAUAAACUUUCAAAACAUUGACUAAAAUAUUUAUUUUUUUGCUCCGUCACUUACGUUAUCUCAUAUAUCUGUACACGUGUAUUGUAUAGUCUACAUCAAGAUUAACAAAAGAAAAAAAUAAACUCUUUAUUUUCGCUACUUUGAAAAUCACAAGAUCUUUGAGACAGCAUUUGAAAUAUAUAUAAUGUAAAGUGUGUUUGUUUUAAAGCUUGUCACUGUUAUUUUUUGAUAUUGUUUUUCACUGCAUUUCUUUUGUUGUUUGAUUCAUUAUGUUGAAUGGUGAAAAGGACCCCUUGCAAAAAAAAAAUGGUAAAAAUGACUUUGCCCAAAAUAUUACACCUCUACAAAGUUGCAAACAGACUUUUUGACAAAAGCCUGAUAAGAAACGGUCAGAGUUAAGCACUUAAUGUUGUAGUGUAAUGUGAAAUACCAACUCAGUUAUCCACUCGCUGCAAAGCAGCAUUACUACUAAGUGUGAGCACUUGCUUUGGAUGUUCUCUGUAUGUUUGGUGGAAGGAAUAAAGUUUUCUUGUUUGAACAGGUUUAGCAAAGCACUCCAGACACUACCCUGUUUGAAUCCUGACAGAACUUAAACGUUGCCCUCUAGAGGUAUAAUUAAGAAUUAACAUUGGAAAAGUAUAUUAGUUUGAUGCGGUGUUUUAACUGUCAUGACUGGCCAAAUUUGGAGUAGAAAACAUAUUAAUUGGAAAUGAUCAUUGCUAAAAUUGUUAGGGCUCAUUCUUGUAAAAUCCCUUUUUAAAAGUUUUUUAGAUAUUAUUUUCGUUUAAUUGAUACUGACUUGACAGAAGACUUCAGCUGGUAAAUUCUACAACAAUGAGCAAAGAAAGCACUUAUAAAUAGGUCACAACAACGUCUAACUAGAAUGUUACAAUAUUACUCACCAAGAACAUGCAUGUGCUGUUAUGUUCUGUUUUCAAUCAUGUUUGGCAUCAAGUGAAUUACCUGUGAGAUUUAAUGUGUUCAAGCAAAGCAUUCCUCACAACUCCAAUCUCCCACAGCUGCCUGUAGUUCAUUCAAAUAAUCAGAUGUAUUGAUGACUCUUGAUGAGUCUCACAUGAGACCAUAUCUGCUUUGUUUUCAACAAACAUCAGUUGAAUCUUUCGUGUGGGCCGUGUCUUCCUAAUGCUUGUUGAAUAAAAAAGGACCCUUAUCACCAAACAAAUGUUAGUCACAUUUGUGUGUGAAAGGAUUAUCUUCUAUUGUGUGUUCACUUUUACAAAACCGCCUUGACGUAGAAUGUGUGAAUGAGCUACUAUGCCUGUACAGAUCCCUGUAUUAUGAUUUGCUGUAUUGAAUGGCGUUUAUAGUUUCUGAGAAAGAAUAAAAAAACACAUUAAAAAGCAAUACAAAUCAU